CAAAACAAUCGGCAUCGAGUGUGAAAAUUUGCCUUCCGCUGCUGGUGAAAUGCUGAACAUUUCACGGACAUAAAGCUUCAGAUCCAAUGACCAACGACGACGCAACGAUACUGCUACCGGACUCUUGCCGGUGCUGCCUUCUGGAGACGAAAAAUAUGGUACACGUGUUCGAUGUGCUGGACGAGUUUCGGGUGAAAAUAAGCGAGCUCAUCGAGCGAAAUGGCCGGGUUAUGAUAUUGCCCAGCGACGGAUAUUCGAAGCAAAUUUGCUUCGAUUGCUUGGAUAAUGUGGCGAUUGCGGAACGGUUCUCGAUGCGGUGCAAAAAGACGAUGGAACUGCUACAGACUCUGGUGGUAGAAGAACAGGAGAGCGGAGAGUGGUUAGAUUCAUCGGACGAGCUGCACGUAAAGGAUGUGACCGUGGCCAAUGAAGUACCCGACCUAGCUACCAACGGGGCACAGUAUGUGGAAGAGUUCGAAGAUGAGCAACUGACGACCAUGCUCACUGGUCCUGAGGAGGCUGUCCCGGAGGACGAAUUCCAAACGGGCCACACAGAGGACACGGAAACAGGAAGAAUUUUGGACCAGGAAAUACUGGACGAGAGUGAGUUUGGCGAUCAUUUGAUCACAGAAACAGUAGCGCAAUCACCUUCAAACGAGACUGCUUUCGGGUCGCAUGAAAGUGACGCGCUUAACGUGGCAGUAGGCGAUAGUCCUGUGUUAAGCUCAUGUAAGACGAGAGAUUUAAGACACGUCUGUAGCCAGUGCGGAGCCUCUUUUGUGACAACGUUACACUUUGCUCGUCACCUGCGCCGUCACGGUGUCCUCGCGUGCGAGGAGUGCCUAGAAGCGUUUCGCAGUAUCAAAAAGCUAACGGAGCACGAAACAAAAUGUCAACGAGGGAGAAAUAAGCACGUACCGGAGCCUUCGUCAUCCGCUGACCAAAACGAGGCCGCUAAGAUGGCUGUACGCAAAAAAUCACACAUAUGCCCGUAUUGCGGCAAAUAUUGGGUUUCAGCUUCCGCUCUGGUCGCUCACUGUCGCACGCACACUGGCGAACGGCCGUUCGAGUGCAAGUUCUGCGCGAAACGGUUCACUACCUCGACCGGGCUAGACGCCCACGAACGGCGCCAUUUGGGCAAUAAACCGCACCGAUGUUCGAUCUGCGGCAAACGCUUCACCGAGAGCUCUAACAUGCGAGUGCACAUGAGGCAGCACACGCAGGAAAGGCCGCACGCCUGUAAGGUGUGCAAUCGCGCGUUCUCGCGCGUCUAUCUGCUGCAGCUGCACAUGCGAACGCACACCGGAGAAAAACCGUAUGCGUGCGAAUUUUGCGACAGGGGCUUCUCUCAACAGGGCGAUCUGGUGGCCCAUCGGCGUAUCCACAGUGGUGAACGACCGUACGUUUGUGGCAUUUGUAGUAAGUCGUUCAUCAAAAGCAACGGUCUGAUGCAACACUUGAAAAGCCACCAAAGACACUUACUACUGAGCGCUGUACCGCAGACCAAAUUAUAA